AUGUGCACCCCUUUCAAGCUCAGGAGGGAUUGUUUGCAGGUUUCUCACCUCCUCUAUGCAGACGACACUCUACUUUUCGUCAAUGGAUGGCUGCAGUCUCUUCGCUCUCUCUCAGCAUUUCUGGAUAACUAUCAACUAUCCUCGGGCCAAAAAAUCAACCGCCUUAAGAGUGCUCUUUUCUGCUCUAACAAAAUCGCCGCCUCUAGAAUCAGCGCCAUCGAGAGAUCGCUGGGCAUUGCUAGAUGCAACUCGACCCUGAUUUAUCUAGGGGUCCCGCUGGCUUUCGGUAGGGUGAAACUGAGCUCCUUCCAGCCCCUAAUCAAUAAGAUUGAGAGCUGGAUUUGUGGUUGGCGUGCGCGUUGCCUCUCCCAAGCAGGGAGACUGGUCCUAGUUCGUCAUGUUCUCAGAAGCAUCCCCAUUCACACCCUGGCAGCCGCGACUGUUCCCACUUAA